CAAGUUGGCUGGCUGGGGUUUGUGGGGGUGGCAGGAGCCUGGGCUGCGAGCAGGACGUGAGGAUCAUCCACUUCUUAUCCCUCCUGCUGCCCCCGGUGUGACUGAAAUCAAUCCUGCCUACAGGAAGGGCUCAGCUCUGCUCCUGCACGAUGCUGAUUCCCUUACAGCCGUGGCGCUGGGAUGGAGCAUCUUCCAACCGCAGUUGGAUCUAGGGGACGAGGUGCUUGGUCUCUUGAAAGACCAAAAGAAGUCUUGAGCAAAUCCAGUUUGCAGAUGACAUGCAGGAGUUCACCAAGUUCCCAACCAAGACCGGCCGCCGCUCCCUGUCCCGCUCCAUCUCCCAGUCUUCCACUGACAGCUACAGCUCUGCUGCCUCCUACACAGACAGCUCUGACGAUGAGGUGUCUCCCCGUGAGAAGCAGCAAACCAACUCCAAAGGCAGCAGCAACUUCUGCGUGAAGAACAUCAAGCAGGCAGAGUUUGGACGCCGGGAGAUUGAGAUCGCUGAGCAAGACAUGUCUGCUCUGAUUUCACUCAGGAAGCGAGCUCAAGGGGAGAAACCUUUGGCUGGAGCUAAAAUCGUAGGCUGUACACACAUUACAGCACAGACUGCGGUGCUGAUUGAGACGCUGUGUGCGCUGGGAGCUCAGUGCCGCUGGUCCGCCUGCAACAUCUACUCCACCCAGAACGAGGUGGCAGCUGCCUUGGCAGAAGCAGGUGUUGCCGUAUUUGCCUGGAAGGGAGAGUCAGAGGAUGACUUCUGGUGGUGCAUUGACCGCUGUGUUAACGUAGAUGGCUGGCAGGCUAACAUGAUACUGGACGAUGGUGGGGAUCUGACCCAUUGGGUUUAUAAGAAGUACCCCAACAUAUUCAAGAAGAUCCGAGGGAUUGUGGAGGAGAGCGUGACCGGUGUGCACAGGCUGUACCAGCUCUCCAAAGCUGGGAAGCUCUGCGUGCCGGCCAUGAAUGUGAACGACUCUGUGACCAAACAGAAAUUUGACAACCUGUAUUGCUGCCGGGAGUCCAUCCUGGACGGCCUGAAGAGGACCACAGAUGUGAUGUUUGGAGGGAAGCAAGUGGUGGUUUGUGGCUAUGGGGAGGUUGGCAAGGGAUGCUGUGCUGCUCUGAAAGCCCUGGGAGCGAUCGUCUACGUCACGGAGAUCGACCCCAUCUGCGCUCUUCAAGCCUGCAUGGAUGGAUUUCGGGUGGUGAAGCUGAGUGAAGUAAUCCGUCAGGUCGACGUCGUCAUUACCUGCACAGGAAACAAGAACGUGGUGACCAGAGAACACCUGGAUCGGAUGAAGAACAGCUGCAUCGUGUGCAACAUGGGCCACUCCAACACGGAAAUCGACGUGACCAGCCUCCGGACCCCCGAGCUGACCUGGGAGCGGGUCCGUUCCCAAGUGGACCACGUCAUCUGGCCGGAUGGGAAGCGGGUGGUGCUGCUGGCUGAGGUGUGCUGGGAGCUGUGCGUCCACCAGGAAAUCUCUCAGGGCGGAGGAGGUAUCACGUACCACGUGCAGCCACAGAGGUGCCAUCUGAUCUGUUCUUUUGAGCCAGGAGCCAUCCCUGUCAGCCCAACACCCUCUGCAUCUAGCUUUUACAGGGUUUCUCACCCAGCACACGGGGGGUUGGUUGUCUCCUCUUCCCACUCGAGCUCUCCUGGCAGUAGGAGAGACUCCCAGUUCCUAGCAACCACAGAACCUCCAUUCCCCAAAGCUGAGGGCUGGGGUGGAAACUAAGCUAAGGCAGAGUGUGGACACUCUGGUCCUGUGGGUGGCUCUCGAAUCACUGCCCUGUGGUUGUCCCCAGCCCCAGGGAGGGAUAGGGAGAUAGAGGUGAGUCCUAUAUCCAGAUUUCAUUUGUUUUGCCUCGGAGGCACACUCAGCUCUCAGCACCCCUCU